UGGAGUAUUGAAGUUCGAAUUCGGGUGUUCUUUCGUUGUUAUAUACCGGAUAUUCUUACAUGGUGUCAGGUGAAACACCCAUCUUUGAUGUUUAGGAGGUAAAUGAUUGUUUUGCUGGUUCUUGUUUCGCGAUGACAGAUCCGGAUCCAAUCGUGCCUGGGCCUAGUGCUUCCUCUGAAGGAAAUAGCGGAACAUCGGCGUUCAUAUCUAACGUGCCAUUACCCCCACGAUUAAGGUUAGAAGGGAAUUUGGCUGAGAAUUGGAAGCAAUGGAAGCAAAUCUAUGAUGCGUACGAAACUGUUACGAAUUUGAAGUCUAAACCAGACAAUUUUCGAGUGGCUGCUUUCAUCACUUGCAUAGGACCGGAAGCUCUUCGAAUACACAAUUCACUUCCGUACCAGGAGGAAGGUGAACGUCAAAACAUUGAGCGAAUCUUCGAAUUAUGGAAUACUUACUGUAUUGGAGAAACAAAUGUGAUUUACGAACGGUAUAAAUUCAAUAAUUGUACACAGGGCCCUACAGAGUCAAUUGAAACUUAUGCGGCUUCUUUGCGUGCCCUCGCAGCCACAUGUGCAUUUGGACCACUUAAUGAUGAGUUGAUACGAGACCGAAUUGUUUGUGGCUUUCACAACAAUGCUGUGCGACGUAAGCUACUACAAGAACCAAAACUCUCAUUAUCUAAAUGCAUUGACUUAUGCAGGGCCACAGAAACAACUACUGCUCAAGCAAAAAUAAUGGCUGGCCAAGAUGAUAGUCAAGACCUCAUGGCCCAUUAUGUUGGAAAGCAAAGCAGCCCGAGGAAGACCACUGGAGACACAAGAGGUUUUAUUUCCGACUGCAAAUUUUGUGGGCGUAGCCAUAAAAGAAACAAAGAGAGUUGCCCAGCCUUUGGCAGAUAUUGUUCUGGUUGUGGUAAGAGAAACCAUUUUGUUGAGAAGUGCAGCUUGAAGAAAUCACCAGGUAUGAGAGAUACAUUUUCUAAAGCCAAAAUACAUGCAGUGAAGGAAGAAAACACUUCAAGUGAUGAUGAAAUUCUUAUUGUUGAAAUUUCACCCAAAAAUAAUCUGGCAAUAAAUGCUGUGUCCCAGUCCCCUCCUAAGAACAAAAUUUUUGCCUCCAUGAUUAUAAAAGGCAGGCAAAUUAGUUUUCAAAUUGACUCAGGUGCUACCUGUAAUGUCCUUCCAGAACACUUCGUUCCUCCAGGCACAAAAGUUGAAAAAUCGGAUCACUCUUUGCGCCUGUACAGCCAAGCCUUAUUACCGAUAAAUGGUAUUUGUAAACUUAAGGUAGUAAACCCAAAGAUCCAGACUGAGUACACUGUCAGAUUUGUUGUUGUAAAAGGUGACUAUGUGCCAUUAUUAGGAGCAAAUGCAGCACAAAAGAUGGGACUUCUGACUGUUAAUUAUGCUAAUAUCUUUAACGCAAAUGUAGAUAAUGUUAGAUCUAACAGUAUUGCUUCAAACAGCACACAUCAACAGGCACAACCAACGGUUGUCAUGGAAACAGUCUUAUCGACCACCGCAGUGGCUCCACUCAGUAUUGCAGAUAUAGAGAACCGUUUUGAAGAUGUCUUUGAAGGUCUGGGUCACAUGCCAGGCAAAUUGCACUUAGAUGUUGAUGAGUCACAAACCCCUGUUGUCAUGCCGCCUCGCAGAGUACCAAUCGCUCUUAAAGCAAAACUCAAGGCUGAAUUGGAAAGGCUGGAAAAUCUUCAUGUCAUUCAGAAAGUUACAAGUCCAACAGAUUGGGUAUCAAAUCUCGUCAUUGCAGAAAAACCAAAUGGGAAACUGAGGGUGUGCAUCGAUCCACAACACCUCAACAAAGCAUUGAAAAGAAGUCAUUAUCCUUUACCGCUCAUUGAGGAUGUGCUACCAGAGCUAGAAGGUGUCAAGGUAUUCAGCAAAAUUGACCUGAAGGAAGGGUACCUUCAAAUAGAGCUCGAUGAAGAAUCAAGCAUGCUCACAACGUUCCAGACACCAUGGGGGCGUUGGAGGUACCUCAGGAUGCCAUUUGGAAUUAAACCAGCUUCAGAACAUUUUCAACACAAAUUUGAUCAGUGCAUUGAAGGCCUAUCUGGGGUGUAUGCAGUCGCUGACGAUGCUCUUGUUACCGGAAGAGGAGAAACUUACGAAGAAGCUGUCAAAAAUCAUGACAUGAACAUGGUGGCACUUUUGAAACGUUGUCAACAAAAAAACAUCAAGCUGAACAAGGACAAAUUCAAGUUCAAAUGCGAUGAAGUUUCCUUCAUUGGUCAUACCCUAACACAGAAUGGUCUUAAAAUAGACCCCGCAAAAGUUGAAGCCAUCACAAAGAUGAGCAAGCCGAAAGAUGUCGCUGGUGUACAAAGGUUCAUUGGCAUGGUAAAAUACCUGGCCAAGUUUCUUCCCAGACUAUCUGAAGUAUGCGAACCUCUGAGAAGUUUGACCCACAAAGAUGCACCAUGGGUAUGGGGAAAAGAUCAUGACAAGUCUUUUGCUGACAUACAAAAAGCAAUUUGUGAGGCACCAGUUCUAAAGUAUUUUGACCAUAAGGCAGCAACAGAAGGCCAGGCUGAUGCAUCAUCAAAGGGGCUUGGUUUCGUGCUCAUGCAAGAGGGACGUCCCGUGUCAUAUGCAAGCAGAGCCCUCACCCCUGCAGAGCAAAAUUACAGCCAAAUAGAGAAGGAGCUGCUUGCACAAGUAUUUGGAGUGGAACAUCACCAUACCUAUGUCUAUGGCAGAGAGAUUACACUUAGGACGGAUCACAAACCACUUGUCUCAAUCGUCAGCGAACCACUCGCCUCUGCUCCAAAGAGACUGCAAAGGUUGCUACUAAGAUUGCAAUCAUACGAUGUUAAAAUCUGCUAUAAACCUGGCAAAGAAAUUGUUCUAGCAGACACACUCUCUCGUGCAUACCUGCCGACAAGUGAGAGACAAAAGUCCGCAACUGAAGAAGAAGUCGAAACUAUCCACAUGUCAAAUUAUCUCCCCAUCUCUGAGCCACAGCUGAAGGAAAUACAGCGAGAAACCAAAUGUGACAGCACUUUACAAGCACUGAAAGAAGUAAUUUUGAAGGGGUGGCCAGAAAGAAAAGAUACCCUUCCUCGAUGUAUUCAUCCUUACUUCUCAAUUAGAGACGAGCUAGCAACACAGGAUGACGUAAUAUUCAAGGGUCAGAGAGCAGUUGUUCCAGAAACACUGCGCAAAAAGAUCCGGGAUAAACUGCAUGUAACACACACAGGAAUACAGAGCUGCCUCAGAAGAGCCAGAGAAGCAGUUUACUGGCCUGGCAUCAACAAAGAUCUUAUCGACUUCAUCUCGAAAUGUGAAAUCUGUAACACAUUCCAAAACAACCAGACCAGAGAGCCCCUUAUUCCUCGUGAAAUCCCAAGCCGCCCCUGGCAAAUAAUUGCUGCUGACAUUUUCACAGUCAACAACAAAGACUUCCUCUGUACUGUGGAUUGCUACUCCAACUACUUUGAGAUAGAUCGUCUAUUUUACAAAACUGCUGGGGAAAUUAAGAAGAAGCUCAAGCGACACUUCUCUACUCAUGGCAUACCAGAUACGCUCAUGAGUGACAACGUACCUUUCUCCUCUAAAGAAUUUCAGGAUUUUGCCAAGGAAUAUGAAUUUACCACCGAGCUAAGCUCGCCAGAGUACGCACAGAGUAAUGGCAAAGCAGAAAAUGCCGUCAAAACUGCAGAUGCUAAUGAAAAAAGCGACUGA